UCAUUUAAUAUAGUAAAUUAGCAAACAAUUAUAGCCAAAGUUGUGAUAUGGAACAAGUGAAGUUGCUAGGUUUUUGGUAUAGCCCAUUUAGUCAUAGAGUUGAGUGGGCUCUAAAGAUUAAGGGUGUAAAAUAUGAAUAUAUUGAAGAAGAUCGAAAUAACAAAAGCUCUUUGCUUCUUCAAUCCAAUCCAAUUCACAAGAAAAUUCCAGUGCUAAUUCACAAUGGCAAGCCAAUUUGUGAAUCUAUGGUGAUUGUUGAAUACAUUGACGAGACAUUUGAAGGCCCUUCCAUCUUACCUAAAGACCCUUAUGAUCGAGCUUUAGCUCGUUUUUGGGCAAAGUUCCUUGACGAUAAGGUGGUAACAAUGGUGAAUACUUUCUUACGCAAAGGAGAGGAAAAGGAAGUUUGUGAGAUGUUGAAAGUUCUUGAUAAUGAGCUCAAGGAUAAGAAGUUGUUUGUUGGUGACAAAUUUGGGUUUGCUGAUAUGGCUGCAAAUUUUGUGGGACUUUGGCUAGGAAUUUUUCAAGAAGCCUCUGGAAUUGUAUUAGUAACAAGUGAAAAAUUUCCAAAUUUUUGUGCUUGGAGAGAUGAGUAUGUUAAUUGCAGUCAAGUCAAGGAAUAUUUACCUCCAAGAAAUGAUGAGUUACUUGCUUUUUUUCAAGGUCGAGUUCGCACUUAUGCUGCAGCUUCUGUUUCUACUCUAAAAUAAAUACAUCAUGAGUUAUCUUUUGAAAUUUCGAAUUAUAUGUCUAAAUAAAAUAGUGAAUCUAUAACGAUUUUAAUAGAUCCAAUCAUGUAUUUGUAAGCAAAAGAAAAGAAUUAAAAUAUUAGUUUCCUCAUAUUAUAUUAUUUUGAUCCCAACAAUUGUAUUAAAAAAAAAAGAACAAGAGAAGUAAGCCAUAUAAUUAUUUGAUGAAUUAGGGAGUGACAUAUACAAGUCA